AUGGCCAGCGGUAGGCCCCCUGGCUCCCACCAUGUCCCUGGCGACGAUGAUCUUCUGUUGAGCUCGAGUCCCAGCCCGGGGCCGGUCUACAACACCGGUCAACCCCCGCCAGUUAGCGAUGAGCAUCUGCCGCAGUUCAUCGAUCAGCACAGCGCCCAGUCGCGUCCAUCAAUAUCCAAUGAUCAAUUUAUCGGCGCUCAGGUGCAACCGCACGGUUCAUACGCUUCCUCGACCCCAGCCAAUGCGCCUCAGAGUCGGUUUCUUCAAGAGUCGCACGCGGCAGGAUAUCGAUCCGAGUCACACUCGGAUCUCGCCUAUGGGCAGGAGCCGAUCGACCGAUACGACUCCAACCUGGACCGAUAUGACACCCACUAUGACCAUGCCAACUACCACGAUGGUGAGAGCUAUUACGACGAUCCGUUCGAGCCGCAAAUCCCCAGUGAAGGCCACGUGCGCAAGGCAAAUGAACGCAAUAGCAUUAUGGGCCUAGGGGGCGGCUUGAUGGGGAAGGCCAAAUACAUGUUCGGCAUGGGUCCACAGUAUUCAGAAAUGGAUCUGCCGUUGACAGAGGCUGGCGCGAGACGAGCAACGGUGGAUAGCACCGGACAACCCGCCGCUACCCCGAAAGCGCAUAAAAAGACCGGCGCAUCUGGCCUGGCGUCUCUGUUCGGGCGUCGCAAGGUCGACCCGGCCAGCCUGGGUCCCCGCAUCAUCCAGGUCAAUAACGCGCCCGCAAAUGCAGCACACAAGUUCAUCAGCAAUCAUGUGUCGACCGCCAAGUACAACAUUGCCACUUUUAUCCCGAAAUUCCUCUUCGAACAGUUCUCAAAAUAUGCCAAUCUCUUCUUCCUCUUUACUGCCGUUCUGCAGCAGAUCCCCAACGUUUCUCCAACCAACAGAUAUACAACGAUCGCUCCCUUGGCUAUUGUGUUGCUGGUGUCUGCCAUCAAGGAGCUGGUCGAAGAUUAUAAGCGUCGGACGUCGGAUAGAGGUUUGAACUAUUCUAAAACGCAAGUCCUCAAGGGUUCCUCCUUCCACGAAACAAAAUGGGUGGACGUGGCGGUGGGAGAUGUGGUUCGAGUCGAGUCCGAACAGCCGUUCCCCGCUGAUCUAGUGCUACUGGCCUCGUCCGAGCCCGAGGGUUUGUGCUAUAUUGAAACAGCCAACCUGGAUGGGGAGACCAACUUGAAGAUCAAGCAGGCCAUUCCCGAGACAGCUCAUCUCGUCAGCCCCAGCGAUCUUAGUCGCCUGAGUGGGCGCGUCCGGUCCGAGCAACCCAACAGCAGUCUAUACACGUACGAAGCAACGUUGACCAUGAAUGUCGGAGGCGGCGAAAAGGAACUUUCUCUGGCACCUGAUCAGUUGUUGCUUCGAGGUGCAACCUUGCGAAAUACUCCCUGGAUCCAUGGCAUUGUUGUGUUUACUGGUCAUGAGACGAAAUUGAUGCGAAACGCGACCGCCACGCCCAUCAAGCGCACUGCCGUCGAGCGCAUGGUGAACAUUCAGAUUCUCAUGCUUGUCAGCAUUCUCGUCGCACUGAGUGUUAUCAGCUCUGUCGGAGAUCUUGUCAUUCGCCAAACAGCGUCCAACAAGCUUGCCUAUCUCGACUACGGGUCCGUCAACCCAGUGAAGCAAUUUUUCAUGGAUAUUUUCACUUAUUGGGUCUUGUACUCUAACCUGGUCCCCAUUUCACUCUUCGUUACCAUUGAGAUUGUCAAAUACUUCCAAGCGUUUCUCAUCAAUUCCGACUUGGACAUGUAUCACGUCGAAAAAAAUACGCCGGCGACGUGUCGUACCUCAUCGCUGGUGGAGGAGCUUGGCCAGAUUGAGUACAUCUUUUCCGACAAGACGGGUACGCUGACUUGCAACAUGAUGGAAUUCAAGCAGUGCACGAUUGCAGGCAUUCAGUACGGAGACGAUGUUCCGGAGGACCGCCGAGCCACCGCUGACGAAGAUGGCGAGUACGGUAUUCAUGAUUACAAGACUCUUCGCAAGAAUUUGGUCUCUCAUCCAUCGCAGGGGGCUAUCCAGCAAUUCUUAACUCUCUUGGCAACCUGUCACACCGUCAUCCCUGAAUGGAAGGGAGACGAUCCGUCGCAGAUCAAAUACCAGGCAGCUUCUCCAGAUGAGGGGGCCUUGGUUGAUGGAGCCGCCAUGUUGGGAUAUCGCUUCACCAAUCGCAGGCCGCGGUCAGUCAUCUUCACGGCCAACGGGGUUGAGCAGGAGUAUGAGUUGCUGGCUGUUUGCGAAUUCAAUUCGACCCGAAAGCGCAUGUCGACCAUCUUCCGUUGCCCCGAUGGCAAGGUCCGCAUUUACUGCAAGGGUGCUGAUACGGUCAUCUUGGAGCGUCUGCAUCCUGACAACCCCACUGUUGAGGUCACCCUUCAACACCUUGAAGAGUAUGCCUCAGAGGGCCUGCGGACUCUUUGCCUCGCCAUGCGUGAAGUUCCCGAGGACGAGUACCAACGAUGGAGCCAGAUCUUCAACGCAGCAAACACCUUUGUCGGAGGAACCCGUGGCGACGAGCUUGACAAAGCAGCGGAGCUCAUUGAAAAGGAUUUUUAUCUGCUAGGCGCCACCGCAAUUGAAGACCGUCUGCAGGAUGGCGUUCCAGACACCAUUCACACUUUACAAACUGCUGGCAUUAAGAUUUGGGUCUUGACUGGUGAUCGGCAGGAGACCGCCAUCAACAUUGGCAUGUCCUGCAAGCUCAUCUCAGAGGACAUGACCCUUCUCAUCAUCAAUGAGGAGAACGCCGAGGCCACCCGUGCGAACCUCCAAUCCAAGAUGGACGCUGUCAAAAGCCAAACCGCAUCCGGGGAUGUUGAGCCCCUGGCUUUGAUCAUUGAUGGCAAGUCGUUGACGUUUGCGUUGGAGAAGGACAUGGAGAAAUUGUUCCUCGACCUUGCAGUCAUGUGCAAGGCCGUGGUUUGCUGUCGUGUGUCUCCGCUGCAGAAAGCUCUGGUUGUGAAGCUAGUUAAGCGUCAUCUGAAAUCGCUGCUUUUGGCCAUUGGCGACGGUGCCAAUGAUGUUUCCAUGAUCCAAGCUGCGCAUGUUGGUGUGGGCAUCAGCGGAAUGGAGGGUCUUCAGGCUGCACGGUCGGCUGAUGUGGCCAUUGCUCAAUUCCGAUUCCUUCGAAAACUGUUACUGGUUCACGGUGCUUGGAGCUACUCCCGUAUCAGCAGAGUCAUUCUCUACUCUUUCUACAAAAACAUUACCUUGUACAUGACACAGUUUUGGUAUUCUUUCCAAAACGCCUUUUCCGGUGAAGUCAUUUACGAGUCUUGGACCCUGUCGUUUUACAACGUUUUGUUCACCGUACUUCCUCCCUUCGCUAUGGGCAUUUUCGAUCAGUUUAUCUCGGCUCGCUUGCUGGACCGUUAUCCCCAACUUUAUCAACUUGGGCAAAAAGGCGUCUUCUUCAAGAAACACAGCUUCUGGGCUUGGGUCCUCAACGGCUUCUUUCACUCCCUGCUCCUCUAUCUGGUUUCCCAACUGAUCUUCUUAGGGGAUCUGCCGAUGAGCAACGGUCAGGUUGCAGGCCACUGGGUCUGGGGCGAGGCUCUGUAUACCGCUGUUCUUGCGACAGUUCUAGGCAAGGCUGCAUUGAUCUCGAACAUCUGGACCAAGUACCACUUCAUCGCCAUUCCUGGAUCGAUGGUACUCUGGUUGGCUUUCCUCCCCGCCUAUGGUUAUGCAGCUCCUGCCGUUGGAUUUUCCCGUGAAUACUACGGCACCAUCCCCUUCCUCUUCAAAACACCCGUCUUCUAUCUUAUGGCGAUCGUUUUGCCAUGCAUCUGUCUCAUGCGCGAUUUCGCUUGGAAGUAUGCCAAACGCAUGUACUAUCCACAGCACUAUCACCACGUUCAGGAGAUUCAGAAGUACAACGUGCAAGAUUAUCGUCCGCGCAUGGAACAAUUCCAAAAGGCCAUUCGCAAAGUUCGCCAAGUUCAGCGUAUGCGCAAGCAGCGUGGCUAUGCAUUUUCGCAAGCCGACGAUGGCGGUCAAAUGCGAGUUUUGAACGCCUAUGAUACCACUCAGGGCCGUGGACGUUACGGAGAGAUGGCGAGCUCGAGGAAUCCCGGGCAAUGA